CUUGCUGUUAUUCAUUCUUGGUAAAUUUUGUUAUAUUCAUCAUUGCUUUUCUAAAUCCCUUGAUUCAUUUGAAAUCAUUAUCCCAUCCUUAUUGGAUAACUGUUAACCCUGAUCCAACUUCCAAUAUCAAAGAGAAAACAAUAUACAUUGGAUUUUCAAACGGUAAUUGGACGAAUCUUACCCUGUGGAGAAGAUUGUCACGUGAUUUAUUAGUUGGAAAUUUCGGUUUAAUAAUUGUUGGCGGUUUAAUGACAACUCUAACUUUUAUCUUAGAACAAUGCUCUUCCUCAAACUGCAAAAGAAUAAAGAGAUGUUGCGUAAUAAUAUAUGGAGUUUGCUGUUUAUCGACAGCAAUGAUAUGGCUAUCGAGUUUAAUCGAAGCCGCAGUAUAUUUUUGGGAUAGAAUGGCUGUAAAGCGUGGCCGAUCAAACGUUGUUUUACAAUUUGGCUUUUCAUUAGCCCUCAUGUCAUCUGCAUUGUCCUUUCUUUUGGCGGUACUACAUUCCAAAAAGAAGUCACUUUUAAUAGCAUUACUCAGAGACUCGAAAAGAGCAACAGCUUUAGCUGCUUUUUCCGUUUUUAAUUAUCCUAGAAAGGCUAUUGUCCAUCAAUUCGUACCUGAAAUUGUAUCAACAGAUUUAAAAGUGAAAUUUAUACGUUAUAAAUGGGACAAAAAGUCUAGCAGAUUGGGUUGGACUUUCUUCGAUACAAAUCGUUUUUUAGACGCCUUAAGUAGUUCCAACGAAGAUCUCCCUUAUCAACUGUACGAUAGUUUUGCAGAAUUAAAAACCUCAGUUGACACAACUAUAUUUAGUGUCUGUCUUUGCGGAGAGUAUAGAGAGAUUUGCCGACAUAGACAAUUGUCUCUUCUGUGCGACAUACAUUCUAGAGAGUGUAACUGUUCUUGGCAAUUUUUCUCUAGUUCCGAUAGAAGAAAUUGCUCUUGGAAGAAAUUGGAGAUUCAAGUAGAUUUCUGUACGUCAAACUCUCGAGCUACUCAUACAAGCCGCUGGAGUGCCUUGGAAUUAACGUUUAUGAAUAAAUUUGGUUUUACCUUUCUUACACCCUUUAACUAUCCAAAAAAUAUAAAUAUGACACUUAUUGACUAUUUGCAAAAGCAGAAAGACUUUCGAUCAAGAUUUAAAGCAAUGUACGUCUACAUCGUAGAAAGUUUAAUUAUCAGGGAUAAUGGUCUAUUCCUGGUAAAUGUACUACUCGCUAAAUUGGAGGACAAACAGCAUAGAAAAAUGGUUAGGGAGUGCGUUACUUGUCUAAUAUUUAAAGAGUGGCCACCCCCUCUAUGGUAUUUAAGCCUACAACGGUGUAGGCGGUUUUUAAGAUACGGUGGCUCUUUAGAGAGCAUUUCUACUAAUGGACAUAUACCGGAAAUGAUUCAAUUGUUCGUCGCCGAUCCGUAUAAUAAUUCUGAAAUUUUCGACAUCUUCUCAACACUGAGCUUAUGGCACGUCUAUGAAUGGACUUAUAAGCCGUUAAGAUUCGGAAUAUUCGAAUGUAUAGAAUUAUAAUACAUAAAUAUAAUUCUGUGCAUCCAAGCGAGUAUUAUCAAUUAAAUAGCAAUAAUAUAUAAUAAUUUAAAUUACUGCCCUCCUUUUAAUACUAAAAAAUAUGCAUACAAAUUAAAAAUAUACUGCAUACAGGUCAUAGUUUAAUAUAGAUACUUGUAUUGACACC